CCGGCCGCCAAACAUGAGGGGGUGGUGGUGGCAGGACAACAAAGUGUUUGUCCACGAUAAUUCGCCGCUCUUAUUGGCUGUCUGGUUGCAUAGACUAAGAAUCAUCACAGAUUGGACCACAGCUCCAUAAAACACGGUUCAUUGUGUAAUUUGACUUGACAGUGGACACCCACGUUUUUCUGUAGCUAAACACUGCAUAACAGCUGGUUAUCCCAGUAAAGAUGAUGCCCUACUGUGGAUUACAGUACCAUUCAUGACAAUGACACACCCACCAAGUAAAUGCACCCACCAAGCAGUUCUUCCACAUGAUCUCUGACAGGACAUCAAGUUGGACUAAACCUCACAGCCAACGCUCACUGAAAACACCCUAGUUUCAAAAUCAACUCGAUGCUCAUGGAAAGAACAACCACACAAAGACUUAAAACCUAAAUCAACCUCAUACAGUAUGUUGGUUGGAAGAGAAUGCCCCCAUUUGGCCUACUGCGGCCCCGUAAUCCCUAUCGCACACGAACCCGAGCAGGAAUAGAACCCUCACCUCCAUCCAAUUGCCUUGGCGACCAACGACCAUGUCGUACCGCACACCCAAUUUCACCAUGCAGCAGAAGCUCUACUUCCUGCAGAGGAUCCAGGGGGUGGUGCACACAGUCCAGGACUUCAGGAAGGACACCAACACUACUGUGCACCGCAACGCUGUGUGGGCCGAGGUGGUGGAAGCCUUCAAUGCUGCCUUCCCCGACCGGCCACCGAGCUCGGUGGGCACCAUGAAGACCCUGUGGAAGAGGCUGAAGGUGGAGAGCCGCCAGGCGCUGCACCGGCGCCAGGAGCAGGUGGUCGCCGGCAUGCCUGUCACGGCCCUGACCGAGGUUCAGCGGGAGAUUACGGCCAUGGUACCCAACCUCAUCUCCAACCAGGACGACAUGGACGGAGAGGUGGGCUACACCGGCCUCAGGCCUGGCUCCCCCACAGCAGUGACAUGUACUGCAGCGACCAGUGGGAGUGACCAGGACGAUGCUGAUAACAGUCACAAUGAGGAGAGUGAGAGUAAAGACCAGGUAGCCAUGAGCAUCGGCAUCGCCUCCUUCACAGCACUAGCAGGAAGUGACGGACCCCUGCGGAUCCCCUUCUCCACCAGCCAGCCCAACGCCUCCACUCUCACCCACAGUGAAACCUCCUGGUCUGGGACGUCCUUCCUCCCUCCGCCCAUCCCAUCUGCCUCAUCCUCCAGCCUGCUCACCUCUUUCCCCGUGAACUUUGACCUGCCCUACAUCCCCCGGGCCGCCCCGCAACCCCUCACCUCUCUGGCAGCAGGGCGGGGGUCUGAGGACCCACGCUACGGGCCGCGCAUGCUGGAACUGUCGGAGCUGGAACAUGAGCAGAGGAUGAGAGUCCUACAGAUGGAACAUAAGGUUUUAGAAGACAAGAGGAAGGCGGUGAGGCAGAAAGAGAAAGCCUACAGGCUAAAAAAGAGAUACUACCAGGCUAAGCUGAAGAAGAUGGGGGAAGAGGUACGAUCGUGCUCGAGUAGCGAGGACACUGAGGGCGACGAUCACGAUCAAAUCAUUUGACGGUUAUUUUGUUGUUGCGUUUAUGUUUUUAUGAAGAUGAUUUUUAAAGUUUGUGACAGUUUCAGGUAUUUGUGAAAACCUUAGUAAAAUCUUUGUUUUGGUA